UUCUCUGGAUUGUUAAUGGCCAACGAAAGACACUCCUUUCAAGUCAAUCGCUCCCUUCCCCACGGACAUUGCGGAUCACCUCACGAUUUUUUCCCCCGACCUACCCAUCUUUUUCUCUCCCCUUUCAGAUUUCUUGAACAAUUCAAACAAACCCCAUUUUUGCUGUCUAAAGCUCCAAGAACAUGAAGCCUGAUGAAAAUGAAGCAGGUAAAGAACCAGCUGAAGAGAAAAAGGAAGGCGAGAGUCUGCCAAGACAUGCGAGCGAGUCUUCUGUCGCUCCAACUGAGGAUGACGACGAUGACGAGGGAACCAAAUUAGAGCUGGGGCCUAAAUGCUCUCUUAAAGAUCAGCUUGAGAAAGAUAAGGAUGAUGAGAGUCUAAGGCGAUGGAAGGAACAACUUCUUGGCAGCGUGGAUAUGGAAAAUGUUGGAGAAACUCUUGAACCUGAAGUGAAAGUUCUUAGUCUGUCAAUCAUUUCUCCUGGAAGAGAUGACAUUGUUCUUCCUAUUCCUGAGGACGGAAACCCAAAAGGCUUAUGGUUUACUCUUAAAGAAGGUAGCCAUUACCGUUUGAAAUUUGCCUUCCAAGUCAGCAACAAUAUUGUGUCUGGGUUUAAAUACACCAAUACCGUCUGGAAGACUGGCAUGAAGGUGGACAGCGCAAAAGAGAUGUUGGGAACUUUCAGCCCUCAGGCAGAGCCCUACACACAUGAGAUGCCGGAAGAAACCACACCCUCUGGGAUGUUUGCUAGAGGACAAUAUUCUGCGAAAUCGAGGUUUGUUGAUGAUGAUAACAAAUGUCACUUGGAGAUCAACUAUACCUUUGACAUCCGGAAGGAAUGGGCUUCACCAUAGAUGGAGAGCUUCCCCAAUUUUCCCCACUAACUCUCCUUCAAUCUGUCAUAUACUAGCUUCUGUUUGACUGAUUUAAGAAAGUCGGAAGUACAUUUUAUCUUUUUUUUUUUUUUUAAAGGUUGAACAAUAAUAUUCAUAUGUUCAAAUUUUAAAUGCAAAGCAAACUUUGGGCUAAAGCAAAAAUGUCGUACUUCAGUUAAAAUAAUAAACUG